AUGUCCGCCAAAAACAAAAAGUCCGUCUACUCGACGGCAAAUAUCGACUCUGCAGCACUCACGGAAUUGCAGAAUGUGGCGGAAUUAGGUGUCUUCGACGACCUCACCCCGUUGGUCGCCUUCAUCCAAAAGGGCCUCUUGAUGAAGACCCUCCAGAACUUUGGCCAUUUUGCUGCUGCAACUGAUAUUUCCAAAAUCGCCCAGACGACAUUGAGACUAGCGGGGAUUCUUGAGGUCGUCAACUUCAUUUUGAACGAAGCAGCAGACUCAGAUUUGACAACCACCCAGGCUAAAGCCAAGCUAGAGUUCCUCGAACAGCGUGACAGAUUGACCGAAUUCUAUACAGAGAUCCUCCAUCACCAUCUCAAGCAUUUUUACAAGAUCUUCUCGCUCAGAAAGCCCUCGGCAAUUAACCCCAGUCUUCGGGUGCUUCUCGCUUUGGUCAAUUACAGUAACCAUGCGCUUUUCAGUGAUUUCACAGACUCCAUCGACUUUAACCAUUCCUCCCUCAUGAAGCUCCUUAUACCGACCAAAGACGACUUUGAGAGAAAACUCAUCACCGAGAAGUCCAUGCGUCUUCAUUUUAUGAACUUCUAUAUGGCUGUGGCUGCAAAAUCGUCGCCCAUCCUCAGAAAAGCACUCUUGACCAACUUCAAAAUCAUGAACAACUUCUGGAAGUACAUGGAGAUGGACCGCUACGAGGUACUUAUUGCUGUUAUUGAGUUCAUCGAUAAGAGCGUGUUGUCUGAGCCUCUUCUCCGACGGAUCUCCAAGUGUCAGAUCUUGAACGAAAACUUCUUGUUCAAGUUUGGCUCAUUUUUUGCAUUUGUUAAACCAGUCAAUGAUAGAGAAGGCGAUGAGGAUGAAGACGAGUUCAAGAGAUUCAAGUCCUCCUUCACCAGUCUCAUGGACACUUUGGUGACUGACCAAGAAAAGGGUAUCACCUUCCCUCUCAACGACUUUGGUUUCCCAAUUACCGUGCACAACAAGACUUUCAAAAUCAACAACAAGCUUAUUUACACUCUUUUGACCGCACUUCGGCCAUGGGAAUCUUACACCCAGCUUCAAUACGUCAUGACUAUCAUUAAUCACAAUACUGAGUUGCUUCCACCCUACAUGAACUGGAUUGUUUCCAGUUCUGGUGGUUACCACGACCCUUCGCUUUCUUCGUAUUGGAUCGGCCACACUUUGUUGUACAGUGAGAUCCUCAAGUCCGAGUCACUUCCAGUCAAGUUUGACUUCAUCUCCCUUCCUCCAUUGUCACCAGCAUCACUCGUUGCUUGUCUUGCUUACACGAAUGAUCUUGUCAAGCAGCUUGGUUUACAACUUAUUUUGCUUACUCUCAACAGACUUGUCAAAAAUAAAGCGCCUCAGUCGCUUGUCGAUUCUGUUUUGAGUAACCUCCCACCACAGGCUUCAUACUUGCCGUUGCUUUCUCACGAGAAUGAGUUUAUCAAGUUUACUACCACGACUAUCGUGAAAAGCUAUGAACAAUUGGCUCCUUCUUCAUCUUCUUCAGCUGUUGUGGCAGCAGUGAAGGAAAACCUCGCAAAAUUGGAUUUGGACAAUUGUAGCAGCCAAGAUUUGGUUUUGCUCGAUAAUUAUCUUUCAAUCCAGUCCAACAAUGACUUGAAAUGGUGGAGCAAGCUGCCCAAGGGCAACUCGUUCUUUGUCUCCUUGCUCAAGCUUUCCAACAUCGAGUUCCUCAAACCAAAAACGCUCGCGAUUCUUUCCAAGCUUACGUCUACAGCUAUAAUUUUCAAUUUGAGCAGCUUGAUUGAGUCGCCAUUUUAUGCAUUAAUCGAGGCGUGUUCCAAAAUCAUCAGCUCCUCUUCGGCCCAAAAGCUCUGGAACUGCCUUGAUGAGACCAUCUCCAGAGCAGUGAAAACCCCUUAUAAAUACUUGGACAAGUCUCAUAUGGAGUACAAUGAUUUGAGUAUCUUUUUUGUUGUGCUUUUUGAACAGUUUAAGUUCAUUCCUAAUUACAAGAAGGAGAACGAAUUGGUGUCGUGGUUAUCGGAGUUCGUCACCGAUUCUAUCGUGUUAGGUGAGCCAUUAAACGCAUUCCAGCAGCUCUCCAAAGAUUACGAUGUUCCUUUAAAUCUCAACCUCAAGCUGAUCAAGCCGAAGGAGAAUUUGACAAAAAAGUUUGACCUUGCACAACAGCUUUACGUUUUCAACAAGGAUGUCAAGAACGGAGUCAAUGACUCGAAAAUCUUUGAUCACAUCUCGAAACUCGGUAACUACCUUAUCAGCUCAGGUUUCAACGACAAGAUGUUAUUUGCAUUCAUCAGCGACCCUCGUAACUGGUUCUUCGAGAAUUGCUUCGAUAGCAAAGAAAUUUCGAAGAGUGAAACUUUGGCAGUUACCUUGGUUGCUGAGCUUUUGAGGCAACUAAAUGCCGACUUCACCAAGACGAAGCUCAAUUCAUUUGUUUUUGAAAAGCUCAACAAGAAGGUUCCCGCUGCAAACCAGAAACUCUUGAACAAGUUUUUGAUGGUUUUAUCUGACGAGCAGUUAGUCAAACUCACCGAGAACGUCGAAAAUGAGUAUGUGGUCAUUGAGGCACUCAAGACCAUCCUUGAAAGAAAUGUUGAAUACAGCCCCGACUUGAUUCUCUUGAACAAGCUUGACCACCCAGAAAUAAAGUCAAUACUUUCUCAGUUUGAGCCACCCGCUUCUCAACUUGGCUUGAUCAUCGAGAAUCCUGAUUUGCACUACUUGCUUGAGAACAGUACUGAGGCGCUCGUCAGCCAGAUCUUGGCUGCCGAUGAAGUGGAAGAUGAGCUUCUUUACAGAAUUGCAUCCACAUCUAAGUCGAUUGUCACCAAAUUCGAACAACGUGUUGUUGACAUGGCGUUGAGCUUGAAAAAUUGGACAUGGUCGAUCAAGAUUUUCGCUUUGUGUCCAGAGUUCUUCGAUCAAAAUAAGAUUGCUGAAAUUCUUCUCGAUCACUUCGAGCGGGAUACCAAAGUUGGAUUUUCGACAAACUUCACCAAAGCUGUGGGUGCCAUAGCUGCGGUGAAUAUGACCGCCAUCAAAAACCAUCAACAAAGAUUCAAUGUUUGGUUCCACAAGUGCAUGCUUUACAUAACAAGGAAGUUUGCAGAGUCCAAGGAGCUUUCUGAAAACUUCAAUACUUUUUUGGAGUCAAUGGAGGCUUUGUUUGAAACUUUGGAGCACCCUUGGAGAAUGUGCCCAAACACCAUUCUCAAUGCUCAACUAGAGGUUCUUCUUGGUCAUACUCAGUGGAUGCAAUCAGAAAAUACCAGUCGGUAUGCUAACAAACUCUUGUUUGCAGCUGAUGCCAAGGGUGUACAUGGAGACAAGUUACUUCAGAUUUAUCUCAACAACCCGCUGCUUCCCCUCAAGAAGCUUCCUCUGGAGAAGGAUGCGCCAUUGAGAUUUCAGAGUGCGUUGUUGAUCAACAGGCUCUUUUUCAUCGAAUCAAGCAAGUCCUCGUUGGAUACCGUUCUCCAGCAGAUUCUUCCUCUCUAUCAAGGAUCCACUCGUGCAGAAGAUUUGCUCCUCAAGGAAACCUUGAAGAAUAUUGAGAGCAAGACUAAUAAGAGUUGGGUAAACAGAGUAACCAGUUGGGAUUUCCUGGAGCAGCUUACACAGAAUGAAGUUGAGUUGGUCGGUGAAGAGCGUUUGAUCAUCACUGACAAAAACACGAUGGUUGUUGCUCUUAAGAAGGCUUUUGUUAAAAACAGCAUCGCUGCUCCAAUUCAGCCUUUGGAUGUGCCUUCUUCCAGGAAAUAUUCAGACUUCCUGAAUCUUUACGAUAUCUGUUUCAAAGGAGCCUACAAAGACACUCAGUAUGACCCAGAGUUUUUGCUCUUGGUUAUUCUUAAUAAUGACGAGUUGGUGUCAGAGAAGGAGGGUGUUGUCACUUUCAGCGUGAGAAGACUCAUUGAGUCUCAGAUCUUCCAGGUUAUCGUGGCAAACCUUGCACAUCAAAAGACAAGAGAAGUUUCCAAAAUCUUGCUCCACGGAAUGUGCAAGUUUGUUCAGAACCAAGACAAUUCCUUCAAAGACAAGACGAUCUUGUUGGUAUACCUUUCAUCAAUUUUGCACACCAUUCGUGUGGCUGACCACCAAACACCACUUGUUUGGAACAUAAUCGGAUCUUUAGCUGAAAUCAUCAUCAACCCAGGCCACUUUCUUUACGAUCGUGUCUGCCGCUACAUCCUCACAACACCCAUCUUCAAGGCAUACGAAAUUCCAUUAUACCAUGGCAUUUCCAACGGCACUUCCAACGAUGAUCUAGAGGAGGAUACCUACUACAAGCAGAUUGCGUGGAUGCUCGAGCAGUUUAUUGAAGGAACCAAGAAUGAAGAAGAUUUGAACGCUCUUAGACUCAAGGGCGUUGUGGAAUGGGCUCUCAACUUGGCCAAUGUCGACUACGUAACUGGUCAUUUACGCCAUAAACUCUACCGUCUCAUCUACCAAAUCCAGAAUGUGGGCGGUGAAGGUGGAGAUAUGUUGGUGACCAAGUUUGCUGGCUUAUCGUCGAUGCAGACCGCAAAGAACGUUGUUCCUACUACAUUUUCUGGUGAACAAUUGGCACUCAAUAUUGACCAAAUUGGGGUGAGGUUUGGCCUUCUUUCUCAAACAAAGCGUCUUCGUGAAUGGACCUCAGACGAUGCCAGUCGGGCCGUUAAGAGGAUCCACUCCACAUAG